AUGCCGCAAGAUUCUCUGGACUCACAGAUGGCCAAUAAGCAGGGCAAAGGAAUCGAGGACGAAGAUGAACCUGCAACACAAGCCUUGGACGAAGAUGAUGUCGUCAUCAUGCGAACUUAUGGCGUUGGUCCGUAUGUGGAGCCUAUUAAAGUAGCAGAGAAAGAGGCAAAGGAGUACAUCAGCAAGAUCAACAAGCUCAUUGGCGUGAAGGAGUCGGACACAGGGCUGGCACCCCCGAGCCAGUGGGAUCUGGAAGGUGACAAACAGAUGAUGAAGCAGGAGCAGGCCUUGCAGGUUGCACGCGUCACCAAGAUCAUCGACCCAGGAACUGAUGAUACCAAGUAUGUCAUCAAAAUUCGUGAGUUUGCAAAGUUUGUGGUCGGCUUGGGUGAGAAGGUUUCUGCCACCGACAUUGAAGAGAGCAUGCGGGUUGGUGUGGACACAUCACAUGGCGGGAAGUAUCGGAUCCAGAUCCCGCUGCCCCCAAAGAUUGACCCCAGCGUGACGAUGAUGACUGUGGAGGAGAAGCCAGAUGUCACUUACAAUGACGUGGGUGGCGCCAAGGAACAGCUGGAGCGCUUGCGCGAGGCAUGUCCGAAGUUUCCUAUGGAGCCCGGCAUGUGGUACCUUCUGAGCCUCCUUUUGGUGGCGAUUUGUGCAGCCCAAACCACAGAUGGGGGACGUGGAGAGCUUCCCGGAAUGAGGAAGGACAUUUUUGACCAGAUGAAAGAUGCCAAGAACAAAGGACCAACUGGGCAGACAGCGAAGCGGCCUGAAUGCCCGAAGAGCGAUCAGCUUUCACCCUUCAGAGCCUUUUGCAUUGUCCAAGGUCAGAUUUAUGUCAAGAUCAAUGACACAGAGGAGAAGUGCAGAAGGAUUGUCAGCAUAGGCGGCGCCAACGCCUCGGCGCUCUUCGAGGCCUCCCGAACCUGCGGCGCGGUGGGCGAAUGGAAGCGACGGGUGGCGGAAGAGCUCAGUGCUGUGUACUUCGUGGGUGGAUGGGAGGAGUGGCCCAAAAGUGAUGGCGAGCCAGUAGAGAUUGAAUUCGAAGAUGGCAACGUCUCUGUGCCAAUUACUCCAGAAAACUACGAAGUCAUCAAGGAAUGCUGGGCUAGAGGUUGUGGCUGCGAGCAAGCGGCCAACCCAAAGAUGAAGGCAAUCUUGAUCUCACUGCUGGCGAUUUGCGUCUUUGGCAUCGGCAGUGAUGGAGUGAAAUUAGUCUGGGAGAAGUUUUUCGGCACAAAGAAGGACAAAGAAAAGAAAGAGAAAAAGGAAAAGAAGGAGAAAAAGGAAAAGAAGGAAAAGAAGAGCAAAAAAGGCGACGAUGAGGUCACCGGUGAUGAGUCCACAGAGACCAAAUCUGAGAAGGAUGAUGGUGAUGAUGGGAAGAGCUCCAAGGAGACCGAUGGUGAGGGAAAAGAUGAAACAGAUGAAAAAGAUGAAACUGAUGAGACAGAUGAGACCAAGGAGUCGAAAAAUGAGGAUGAAGCCGACAGAUAG